AUGGUAAGGACCGGGGGGUCAUCAACUGGCGGAGGCGGGAAUGCAGGAGCGGACAAUCGAAUUGAUGAAGUCUUGCAAGCCUUGGCCAAUUUGGGUGCGGUGAUAGGAGCUCAAAUGCAGCAACCGCAAGCUGGUGCAAAUGCUGGAGGAGGCGAACGCCGUUUACAAGGAUUGAUCGAGCAAUUUUUGAAAUUGAAGCCGUUGAAGUUUACGGGAUUAGGAGAACCUGAAGAAGCCGAGAAAUGGAUUAAGAGUAUGGAGAAGAUUUUUAGGUUGUUGAACUGUAACGAUGUGGAUCGAGUAGCCCUAGCUGAAUAUCAACUUGAGGAUAACGCUCGGCAUUGGUGGAAUGCGAAUAAGGAAGUGGUAUUUCCGAAUGGUAUUGAAGUAAGUUGGGAAGUUUUUAUUAACGCCUUUUAUGGGCAAUACUUCUCUGAUUGCGCCAAGGAUCGGAAGAUAACCGAGUUCAUGAGCUUAACUCAAGGUGACAAGACCGUGGUUCAAUAUGAAGCGAGAUUUUCCGAGCUAUCCAGGUUUGCACCUCGGUUGAUAGAUACUCGGGAACGUAGGUGUAAAAGGUUUCAGAAUGGCCUUAAGAUUGAAAUUCAAAAGCAGUUAGCACCUCCGAGGAUUAGGGACUAUCCCGAACUCUACGAGCGAGCUCAACUCGUGGAGCAAGUGUUGCUGAAAGAAAAGGAUAAAAAUGAGCAAAAGGCGGGAUCAAGUCGCCAGGUAUCGCAGGAUAAUAUGAGGCGAGAUAAUAAGAGACCAAGGAUGUUUGGGAGGUCAUUUAAUGUUCCUACUAAGAGACGCAAUUUUGGAGAUUUCGGAAGGACUAGCGUAAGUCGGACGAUGGGUAAUGUACCACGCCCGAAUGGAACCUGUCGUCGAUGUGGUAAGGCACAUGGUAAUGCACCCUGUACUUUCGAGAGGGAAUGUUAUGGUUGCGGACAGGUGGGGCACCCGAUCAGAGAUUGCCCACAAAGGAGACAACAGUCCCCGCGUACCGUAUCAACUCAACAACCCCGACUCGACGGAAUAAAACCCCCAGGAAUUCGGCAAAGGCCUCCAACUCAAGGAAGGAUUCGGGCUAUGACCCAAGAGGAGGCAGAGACCUCCAAAACAACUAUUACAGGUAUGGUCUUCUUAUGCAAUAGGAAUGCUAAUGCACUGUUCGACACCGGCGCGACUCAUUCUUUUAUAUCAACAAGAUUUGCUGAAUUAUGUGGAUUAAAGCCUGAAUUGCUUGAAGUACCGCUCGGUGUAGCUAUGCCCUUGAAGGACAAAGUGAUAACCACUCUAAUAUGCAAGGAAUGUAAGAUCUUUAUAGGCAGGCAAGGUAAGGAAAUUGAUUUGGUGGUAAUGGACUUGUCCGAUUUUGAUAUAAUCGUAGGGAUGGAUUGGUUGCACAAGAUGCGAGCCAAUGUGGAUUGUUUUAAUAGGGUGAUUCAGUUUAACCCAUCCAAUGGAGAUAGUUUCAAAUUUUUAGGAAGCAAAAUAGGGGUGUCAAUACCUCUUAUUUCUGCAAUUGAAGUUUGCAAGGAAGCCAAGAUAGAGGAAAUCCCAGUUGUUCAAAAAUUCCUGGACGUCUUUCCGGAAGAGUUUCUGGGAUUACCACCUAAGCGAGAGGUUGAGUUUGCUAUUGAAUUGGCUCCGGGAACCGAGCCUAUUUCUAGGGCUCCAUAUAGAAUGGCUUUGGCAGAGUUAAAAGAAUUAAAAGUGCAGCUACGGGAAUUAUUAGACAAAGAUAUCCCUAAGACAGCCUUUCGAACUAGAUAUGGCCAUUACGAGUUUCUAGUUAUGCCAUUUGGACUAACGAAUGCUCCAGCGGCAUUCAUGGAUUUAAUGAAUAGGGUAUUCAAGCCUUAUUUGGAUCGGUUUGUGAUAGUAUUUAUCGAUGACAUCCUGGUGUAUUCUAAAGGGCCUAGGGAACACGAAGAACAUCCGAGGAUGACAUUACGGACUUUGAAGGAACAUAAGUUAUACGCCAAAUUUAGUAAGUGUGAAUUCUGGCUAGAUCGUGUGAUAUUUUUGGGUCAUAUGGUUAUUGGAGAAGGAAUCUCCGUUGAUCCGGCCAAGAUUGAAGCUGUAGUAAAUUGGCCUCGACCAACAACCGUUACGGAGAUUCGAAGCUUUCUAGGGUUGGCAGGAUAUUAUCGAAGAUUUGUGGAAGGGUUCUCCCGCAUCGCUGGUCCAUUGACCCAAUUGACACGAAAAGGAGUCAAGUUUGAAUGUAUAGAGGAAUGCGAACGAAGUUUCCAAGAGCUCAAGAGAAAGUUAACUUCCGCUCCAAUAUUAACAAUACCAUCGGGGUCUAGAGGAUUUGUGAUUUAUAGUGAUGCAUCACACAAAGGUUUGGGUUGUGUUUUAAUGCAACAUGGAAAAGUAAUCGCUUAUGCUUCGCGACGACUACGACCUUAUGAAUUGAAUUAUCCGACGCAUGAUUUGGAACCGGCGGCUAUUAUUUUUGCAUUGAAGAUGUGGAGGCAUUACUUAUAUGGGGAAAAGUUCCAAAUCUUUACUGAUCAUAAAAGUCUAAAAUAUUUAUUCUCUCGGAAGGAGUUGAACAUGAGACAACGACGUUGGAUGGAACUAUUGAAGGACUAUGAUUGUGAGAUCUUAUAUCACCCUGAUGCGUUGGGAACCAAACUUCGCUUUAGCACGGCCUUUCAUCCUCAAACGGAUGGACAAUCAGAAAGACUGGCAUCGAGGAAGUUGGUUGGACAGCUCUUGAACUCAAUCCAGCUUCCCGAUCUUCUUCUAUUCGUGUGGUUUUUUGGAGCUCCCCGGGUGUGCGAAUGA